AUGUCGCCAACAAAAGUACUCAAAAACUUAUCAGUAGAUCUUCAAUUUACUAUUCCACCUAGUAAUGUUCCGAUCGUUCUCACUAUAAGUUUGGAAAAGGACCAACUAUUUGUGGAUACGAUACGACAUUUUAUGGAGGUAAACAACGUACCUUGUUAUUUGGAAAUGUCUAUUUUGUCAACUGUGGAGACUCUCAUGAAUGAGGAUUGGAGGAAAAGUAUUGAACACAAUGCAAAAGUCACGUCUAACGGGGUGGCGACCGUCCAACGUCAGCUUUUAGUGUCUAAAUACCAGAAAUACACAGUCAGAUAUAAUGAUACACCUGCAGAAGAUAUUUUCCCCAAAGCUCAUCAUACGCUUGUGCGCUCGCCAGCUUCAUCAAUAUUUGAUAUACUCUUGAAAUUAGAACGAAGUUAUAGUCAAGCGCUUAAAGAAGUUAGAGGUGCGAGAGACAGAGAGCUCAUGAUGUUGAAGGAAAGACACAACGAAGAGAUGAGGCAGAACGCGGACUUGACUAAUGAUUUUGAAAUUCAGCAAUUGGUAUCGAAGCAUUAUGAGGAACAAGAACUUGCUCAAGCCACCCGAGAUUCGGAAUUGGACCAAAUGCGCUACGAACAAAAACAAGAAUAUUGUUCCUUUAUUCUAAAACUCUAUGAAGCCUAUCAACGUUUUCUCUCUGAACAACAAUCCUCUUCAGACCCUGCUAGUGCACAACGUUUUGAUGGUAAAGAGCUAGUAUCUGAGGUCAUUGCCGAGAUGAAAAGUGGCGAUAAAAAGCUAUCCAAGCAACUGUUAAAGAUAGAUGCAGAUGAACAGGGAAAAAGAAGUAGGCAUGGCAGCGUAGGAUCUUUGGCGGAGAUUGUCGGAACGCCGCCAUUGCCUACCCCUACAAGCCCGAAGGUUUUCUGGGGAGAAGAGAAGAAAAAUAUGUUUUUAGAUGACGAUGAUCCUCAAGUAGUGAAGAGCAUAGGUGAGUUGCAAGUAAUGGGAUUUGAACCCGAUCAAGCUCGGCUUGCGUUUGAGUUAGCGAAAGGAAAUAUGGAACAAGCAAUCGCUCUCUUGGUCGAUCAACCCGAUAAGAUUGCUGCCCAACUUGCAGCGUCCUCUUCGUCUGCCCCGCCCCGCCGCCCCUCAGUCCCUGCAAUAUCUUCUAACCAAAAAGAUGCGCCGCCCACUCAUCGUCGGGCGAAGUCCUUCAACAAGUCACAAUCAUUAGCAAUACAGACAAAGCAAGAAGGUAAAAAGGCUUGGUCGCCAAUUUCAUUCUUCCAACAACAGAAAAACUCGAUACCGAAUAGCGCGAGUGUGAGAAAAAUUGGCACAUGGCUUGGGAAAGCCAUAGAGGGGUUGGGUUUUGAAGAUGGAAGUGAACAUAACCCUAGAAUAUCAUUAGAGGAUCCUGAACUCGUCGAGUCGUUUACAAUUUCACUGGGGAAUCAAGUAAAGUCUACACACAAUCUUCGCCUUCUUGUCUCCGACAUGGACGACUUGUUCAAGUCGCCCAACGAUGAAGUAAGAGAUAUGGCGUAUCGAGCGCAAACGACAGCGGAUUUAUAUUCGCAGAACCUGACCGCUGUUGUUUUGCUUUUGACGCCCAAGGAUUGGCCAAAGUAUAAGCUGGGCCAGAGCGCUAAUGCUGAGUUCUUUCAGCGAUGCAAAGAGUCGACCGAAUUUCAUUUUGAUGAUAUUGACUAUCAGUUGAAACUUAUAGAAGAAGACUUUAUGAGGAGUGCUUCUGACGAUGCUAUUCCUAUUCGUGAAGGCGACUUCUUCAUUACGAGACAUUCCAACUUGCCAUUGGUUCAUAUUGUAUUUCAUUUGGUGAUUGAUUUUGAAUCAAUCGAGAGAUCAGAAAUAAGCCAACGAUCUCCCGUGAUCGCGGGUCUCCGCAACAUUCUUCGUACUGUUAAUAGAUUUGAUAUUACUGCCAUCUCAAUUCCCUUUCUUUUACUACCAUCCAAUGUCGAUGUAUUUGCCGAUUUAUCAGUCGAUGAGAAUAUUUUAUAUAAACGGGGAGAGUUAGUGUUGAAGUGUACUAAGGGAUUUAUGAUAGAAAAUUCUCGCGUUCCAAAACACGUGACUGAGAAAGAGCAUGAGACUAAGACUGUUCAGUUUCUGUUACCGAAGAGUGCUAAUGAACAGCAAUUUCAAAGCUUUAGAUUUUUGUUGACUAGCAUAUUUAAGACCAGCUAA